GCCAGGAGCACACAUAUCUGUUUGUGAUCUCCAGCCCACCAUGAAUCCAGAUAUUCAAAGUGAAGGCCAGAGGCUGUGGACCUCCCCCUGAAAUUACCAAUGGAAGUAUUGCUGGUGGCUCUGAGGAACAGUAUCAACAUGGGGACAGAAAGCAGUAUGAGUGUAACAUGGAAUUUAAAUUGGUUGGAUCAAAGGAAAUAGAAUGUGUUGAUGGACAGUGGUCACCUCCUCCCUCUUGCAUUGAAGACAAAAUGCCCUGUGAAUCACCUUCCUCUAUUCCGAAUGUUGCUCUAUAUCAGGCAGACCAGACCCAGUUUUCACAUGGUGAUCAAGUAACUUGUGGAUGUAAACCAGGCUCUGGCAAUUCGAAGCAAAUGAAAAUAAAAUGUCUUAAUGGAGAAUGGAAGCCUUUACCUCUUUGUGCUGAUCCAUCUCCUCAGUGUGAACUUCCAGUGGGUGUUGAGUUUGUAAGCUCUGGUGGACAUUCCAUGUCAAAAAGGAGGACUGGGUUUUAUAAAGUUAUACGUUACAGAUGUACAUCAGCUGACAAAAAUAUUAAACAGGCAACUUGUGUGUCUGGAAAUUGGACACCAGAGAUUGAAUGUCCAGCUGAGGAGGGUGUGUGCCCACCUCCACCUCAAGUGUCUGGUGCUCAACAGACAACAGCUGGAAGAAAUUACAGGCAUGGGAGUAAAAUAGCUUUUUCAUGUGCCAGUGGUUUCCGGCUCAUCGGUGCAAAAGAAAUAACCUGCAUGGAAGGGAAAUGGCAAUCACCACCUCAGUGUGUGGAAAGACCAUGUUUGCCACCACAGCCUGUAGAAUGUGCUGAUGCUCCCAGGCUGGAAAAUCCAAACUUAAAAAUUGAAAUAGAAGGGAAAUCAAUUUAUCUGACUGGUGCUAAAUUUAAGUAUGUUUCUCGUUCUGGAUACAUGUUAAAUGGACCUACUGAGAUAACUUGUUCUAUGGGAGAAUGGACUUUAGCUCCUGGAUGCUUGGAAAUGUCAUGUGGAAGUAUUCCAAAAGUUGCCAAUGCUCAGUUUGAAGGCAGAACCAAGGAAACUUAUGAGCCUGGUGAAACAAUUCGCUACGAGUGUGAUGCAGGGUUCCUGAUUGUUGGUUCCCCCGAAAUUCUGUGCAGAGAAGGAAACUGGACAGCACCGCCCUUCUGUGAAGAUGUUAGCUGUGGACCUGUACCUGAAAUCCCCAAUGGUCAUGUUGCAGGCACUCAACAGGAGAGGUAUCUGCCCAGUGCCAGAGUGCAUUAUCAAUGUGAAAGCAAUUUUCAAAUGAUAGGUGGAAAUUUUGUCACUUGUUUAAAUGGUGAAUGGUCACAAGCACCAGUGUGCAAAGAUGUGACAUGUGAACCUCCUCCAGAAAUUGCUGGUGGUAGGAUUAAUAUUAAAAAGACAAAGUAUCUCCCUGGGGAGACUGCUAACUAUGACUGCUGGCAAGGUUUUAAGAUGACUGGGACUUCCACUGUAGUGUGCCAGAAUGGGACCUGGACAGAGCUGCCGAAGUGCAAAGGAAAAGGUGGGAAAUGUGGCCCACCUCCAGCUAUUGAAAAUGGAGAUCUUCUUUCCUUCCCCAUGCGAGAAUAUCAACAAGGUACAACUCUGGAAUACAAAUGCCCAAGCUUCUAUGUCUUGAAAGGAUCUCAGUAUAUCACUUGUACUGAUGGGCAGUGGUCAAGCCCCCCUGUUUGCCUAGUGGCCUGUACAGCAUCAGAAGAAGAUAUGGACAGAAACAAUAUUGAGCUGAAAUGGUCCAGAGAAACCAAGCUGUAUUCCACAUCGGGUGACUAUAUUGAAUUUCGUUGUAAAGCAGGAUAUGUGAAAGAGCAAGAGCCUUCCCACUUCAAAGUCCAGUGUGUGGAGGGAGUGUUGGAUUACCCACGAUGCAGGCCGGGCAGGAGCUGUACAGUGAGUACGGACCAUAUGGAAAGCAACAAUAUUCAACUACAGUCACGCCAAUCAAGAACUUCCACCUAUCCCUCUGGGGAUUUUAUUUUCUUUGAAUGCAAAUGGUGGCACAAACCAGUUUCAAGAGCUGAGAAAUUUAGAGCACAGUGCCUGGAUGGAGUGAUUACAUAUCCUACCUGUCAACAAUCGUGGUUUGGAUGAAUGGAAAUGGCAUGAAGGAGGCCAGCUGCAGAAAUAAGAGAGCCCUCAGCCAACCCAGUGAUUUGAGCUCAAUUUUUCCUGGUGUUUCCCAUUUUGCUGUGCUCUGUUUGCAGCUUAGCCAAUGUUCUGCCUUGGAAUUUGUUAUAUUAUUUUUAUGAUUGGAUGAUUGUGUUUGCAUAUUAUCCACAUUUUAUCCAUUCUUGUAAAUGUAUUUACAUUUUGUCCAUCCAAAUGGCUGUGCUUGCAUUUUAUCCAUUCUAUACUGAUCUCACUGUUAUUUUUAUUAACAAUUGUGUCCUGAAAUAGGCUGGCUUUGGUGGCAUACUGAGACAAGAAUUAAAGCUCAUGAGUAAUUUGAUUCUCA